AUGAUCAAGGAAAUGUCCAACAACCCUACGAAACAAGGCCCAAAAAUUCCAAAUACACCUCACCCCCAGCGCCACAUCAUCAUCCCGCGCCGGGCUGCCGUCCUGACCUCAAAUCUCAAUGUUGUCAAGUGUCAGUGUCAGUGUGUGUGUGGGACUUUCUCAUUAAAUUUUACUCUCUCUCUCUCUCUCUCUCUCUCUCUCUUUAUUUCUCUCUUUCUCAAACCGACCAAACCAAUUCAUCUCUCUCUCUCUCUCUCUCUCUCUCUCUCUCUCUCUCUCUCUCUCUCUCUCUCUCUCUCUCUCUCUCUUGCACAUGUAAGACUAUGUACCACCAGCACCUUUCUUAACUCUUUUCCUCUCUCUCAAACUCUCUCAAACUCUCUCAAACUCUCUCAAACUCUCUCAAACUCUCUCAAACUCUCUCAAACUCUCUCUCAUUUUUUUUCUCAAGGAAACGGCAGCGGCAGACCAUUCGUGAUGACCGGUUCAAACAUGCUGACCCUGUUGGGGCUCACGUUCGUGUUGUCUCUGACGACCACCAUGGUCAUGGCCACGGAUGGCAACCCGGGUUUUCGAGUUUGCUUGACCAACAAGGGCAUGGACUAUGCCCGCGAGGUUGAGAUGCCCAUUCUCGCUCAGGAGCUGCAGUCCCUGACCAUCCCUGACAUCUCUGGCAGUGCUAAAUCCCCUGUUGGACACAUUGAUUACGACAUUUCCAACAUCAAGGCUAGCACCGUCAACCUUGGUACCUCAGCCAUCGACUCCCAGACGGACGGCAUUCACCUUGACCUGAACUCGGCCACCAUUGGCCUAACCGCCCACUGGCACUACCGAGAGCAUUCGUGGCCCCACGUCUCCGACUCGGGCUCUGUUGAUAUUUCGGCCGAAGACAUUAGCAUCAACCUUGUCCUGGACGUUGGCAUGAGCAGCAGUCAUGAGCCCACCAUCAGCAUCCCCAGCUGCUCGGGUGGCGUGCACAAGAUUGACCUCAAGUUCCACGGCGGUGCUUCCUGGCUCUACAACCUCUUCACCGGCCUCAUCGGUGACACGGUCAAGGAUGCACUCAACAAGGAGCUUUGCAGCGAGAUUCAAAAGGAGCUGGUUGAGACGGGUAACAAACUUUUGUCCACUUUGCCCACCACGGUGGAUUUGGAUGAUUAUGCCGAAAUCAACUUUGAGCUCAUCCAGGCCCCCAACACCACCUCGACCUAUCUUCUUACCUCCCAUCGCGGUGCCUUUGUUACCAAAUCCCAUAAUACCACCCUGCCCCCUUUCAACGCCGCUCCUGUUCCCUACCCCUCAAACGUGACCCGCAUGUUCUACUUGUUCAUCGAUGAGUACCUGGCUCGCUCGGCUGGCUGGGCCUAUCAGCAGGCCGGAUAUUUGCAGUGGGUCAUCACCAACAACGAUGUGCCUUCUGGAUUUCCCGUUCAACUGACCACUGCCAGCUUGGGUCAGCUCGUCCCGGGCCUCCUCAACGUUUGCGCCAACUGCACGAUGGACAUGCACCUGGCCGCCAUCGAAGACCCCCUUGCCAUCCAAAUCAACGCCUCCACCGGCCUGGAUCUUGUCCUUACCUUUAACAUCUCCACAUACAUCAAUCCCCCGGCGGGAACCAAUGGCACCGACAAGUUUGCUUUCGCGCUUCAAGCCCGCAUUUUCGGUGACGGCACCGUCCACCUCUACACCAACCAGGACACGGAGUACAUUGGCGCGAACAUCAGCUUUGUCAAGGUUGACCUUGCUGUCGUUGACAGCGCCGUGGGCAACAUUGACCCCUCCCUUCUCCAAGAUGUCAUGAACGUCUUCUGCCAGGAAGUCAUCGUGCCCCAGCUGAACAAGCACAUCACGCAAGGCUUUCCCAUUCCCACAGUCAAUGGUCUUACCUUUGUGGGCCCUGAGACAUGGCUGCACAAGGGAACCACAACCACCAAUACUAUGCACACAAACCCUCACUCGCCGCGUUUCGGGACAACCAUCCCAUGUGCACAUCAGAUUGUCUUUGGUGACGGCUAUGUGCGUAUCGACACGGACAUUAGCUAUACUCCCUCCGCCUAA